AUGGUGCAAGAAAGUACUAUGAUUUGUGUGGACAAUUCUGAAUGGAUGCGCAAUGGUGACUUUGUGCCGACUCGACUUCAGUGUCAGCAAGAUGCUGCCAAUCUCAUUUUGCAGUGCAAAUUACGAGCAAAUCCAGAAAAUGCAGUUGGACUUCUUUCUAUGGCAAACCAAGUGCAAGUGCUGUCAACCAUGACGCAAGAAAGUGGUCGCUUAUUCAUGAAAUUGCAUCAACUGGAGCCUCAGGGUCAAUGCAACUUCAUGUCUGCUAUCAAGAUCGCACAUCUGGCUCUAAAACAUCGCCAGAAUAGGAACCAUAAAAUGCGGAUUGUGAUGUUCAUCGGUAGCCCCAUCGACAACCUUGACUCCGCUGAGCUGACGAAGAUCGCAAAGAAGCUUAAGAAGGAAAAGGUGCAGUGCGAUGUCAUUUGCUUUGGAGAAGCUGAUUCGGAAAACAGCCAGAUCAUGGGACAGUUUGUUGAUACUCUGAAUGGCAAAGAAGGCAGUGGUUCAAAUCUUCUUGUGGUGCCAGCAGGAUCGAUCUUAACCGAAGCUUUAAUCUCAUCAGCAGUUUGUCGCGGAGAGGAUGGUGGCAACGCUCCUGUUGUUGGAGCUGGUGGUGGUUUCGAGUUUGGAGUUGAUCCGGAAGAUGAUCCUGAUCUUGCUCUUGCUUUACGCGUUUCUAUGGAGGAAGAGCGUGCGCGGCAAGCAGCUGAAGCGGCUGCAGCCGCUGCCGCAAAUGGCGGGCAAGCUGAGGUAUCUGGAGGCUCCGAUACGGCACAGAAUGUCGAUGUAAUGGACAUGGAGAUGGGCGAAAUGACUGAGGAACAACAGCUUGAAUGGGCUCUUAGAAUGUCGAUGCAGGAUUCUGUCCCUGCUCCUGCUGCUCAGCCUGCUCAACCACAACCGACUGAAGAAACAAUGGACGUCAGUACAGCGCAAGUGGAUAACCUUGAUGAGUUGAUCAAUAAUCCAGAACUCCUGCAGCAAAUCAUAGACGAUUUACCAGGUGGUGAAAAGAAGGACGAUGAGAAGCCGAGGGAUGAGGGAAAUAAGUGA